CGAUACAGCCAUAGAAACACACAGGUUCAUCUCUCUCCCAGUCAGUCCCUCGCAGCAUCAGCAGCAGCGCUAUAUAACCCGAGCAUCUGUCCGCGCAGCCACAUUACAAUCCAUCCACAGGACCUCACACUUCAGGAGGGGCAUGCCAGAGUCAUAACAAGAUCAUUCUGCAAAACAUAGAUUUCCGAUAUGACUAAGUCCUACACGGAAGAAACCAUGAUGUCAUCAGACCCCCAGGAUUCUGCGACCUGGACUGACGAGUGUCAGGGCUCCCAGGACGAACAGGAUAUGGAGAAGAAAAACGGCGCGCUCGAAUCCAUGCACGGGGACCUCGAGGAUGACGACGAUGAUGGGUUAAACAGACUGGAUGAGGAUGAUGAUGAAGAGGAAGAUGAGGAAGAAGAAGGCGACGAUCAAAAACCUAAACGUCGUGGACCAAAAAAGAAGAAAAUGACAAAAGCCAGGAUGCAGAGGUUUAAGAUGAGGCGCCACAAGGCGAACGCGCGCGAAAGGAAUCGUAUGCACGGACUCAACGACGCGCUCGAGAGUUUGCGUAAAGUUGUGCCAUGUUACUCCAAAACCCAAAAGCUCUCAAAAAUUGAAACUCUGCGUCUGGCUAAAAACUACAUCUGGGCCCUGUCAGAGAUCUUGCGGUCGGGUAAGAGCCCAGACAUCAUGUCAUUUGUCCAGGCCCUGUGUAAGGGCUUGUCUCAGCCCACUACUAAUCUAGUGGCAGGCUGUCUCCAGCUCAACCCCAGAACUUUCCUCCCCGAGCAGACACAGGAGAUACCAUCUCAUAUGCAACCAGCAAGUGCUUCCUUCGCCGCGCAUCCCUACUCCUACCAGACCCCGGGUCUUCCCAGCCCUCCAUAUGGUACAAUGGACAGCUCCCACAUCUUCCACGUCAAGCCCCAUUCAUACGGAAGCGCGCUGGAGCCGUUCUUUGAGACCGCGCUGCCGCUUACAGACUGCACUAGUCCAUCAUUCGACGGACCUUUAAGCCCACCACUGAGUGUCAACGGGAACUUUUCCUUCAAACACGAGCCUUCGUCUGAGUUCGAAAAGAACUAUGCAUUUACAAUGCACUACCAGGCUGCCGCGGGACUGGCGGGUCCGCAGGGACACGCGCCCCUUUACGCGAGCUCUGCGCAGCGGUGUGAGAUACCGAUGGAAAACAUUAUGUCUUACGAAGGACACACUCAUCACGAGAGAGUCAUGAAUGCUCAGCUUAACGCUAUAUUUCAUGAUCCGUGAAUACAUUAAACCUUUAUCAAAGACUGAUAAGAGUGCGUCAUGAUAUGAUAUCCAAGUGCCACUGAUGCAAAAGAGCAAUUAUUAUCCUCUUGAUCCUAUCAUGUAGGCUAUGUAUUUAUUGUUGUUACUGCCUUUAGGAGAAUUGCCGAUACAUAUGCAUAUUCUCUUUCACUUUACGUAUUGUAUUCUAUAGCGCUUCUAUAGGUCACAUUGGGGAAAUAGUGGUGACCAUACUUAGAAUGUGUUGAUUAUCCAUGCUACAAAAUCACAAGCAAUAAUUUGGAAAACUAUGCAAUUUUAAACGAAUACUUUGGCCAAUAAAAAAAUCAAAUAAAGAUUUCUAUAUUUUUCAACCAGUAUUGUACAUCUCCCAUACUGAAUUAUUUUGUUGUGAUUUUGUACAGAAUUAUGAAUUGCUUUUUUAUAAAGUCGAGUCCUAUUUCAUUUCACCCAACUCCAUGUUGUUAAUGUUUUAUAAAAUAUUGUUAUGUCAUGUUUAUAUGAUACAACCGUUUUAUAAAAAAAAAAAAUUGAUACAGAGGCAAGUGGUUAUACAAAUCGGUUGCCUUAGCAAUUAUUUAGCCUACUGCAAAUCAUGCAACGUUGCACAAUAUUGAUAAUUUUAUUUUCCCCCGAAACAUUGAUAGCCUACUUAAAAGGUGGAUAAUGCAUAUGGUCUACUACUUGCAAAGUAUCCUAAACACGUAAGUGUGUAUAAAACGCUUCACCUGGAAAUGCUCAUUGCAUAAAACGAAGUAGGCCUACUUAUUAUUUCAUUUCAAAUCUCAACCGUGGCCCAUCUUCAAAUUCAUUAUCAGUGCAACACAUUUUGGAACAUACCAGGCACCUUCUUAUUGCGCCAUUGCAUGCAUGUCCAAAUCAGUGCAGAAUAGCUAUUUGCAGCAUGAUGCUCAUCUUCAAUGUUUGUAAACAUUUUAUAAUGUAGGAUGUUUUCAGGACGCAUAGGGACUGAAUGCCAUGGAGCUAUACUCAUAUGUUCGAUAUUUACAUUUUGUUUUUAGUUUUAAACUCUCUUCCAAUGUGACUCAAGUGUACAUAAGUCAGUGGAGAUAAAUGUUUAUCUCAUGAGGGGCACUCAAUUAUUAUUGUAAAAUAAAGUGAAUGAGUAGCCUA